GAAUGACGUCGCUCUGACUGCAAGUCCGACCGACUCCUUCGUUUGUUUUUAUUACUCUUUUUAUCUGGGGCCCCAGAUUCGCUAAUCUGCAAAAUUACGGCCAUAAUGUGAGAUUAUCCGCGGCUGUCGUCCGACCCGUCGCUGUCGUUCGUCCUGUCAGGAGCGGCGGCUUCGCUGUUGAGGAUUACUAGUGAUAAUACGCAGUAGACUUCUCGUCCAGUGCGUCUAGCUGUCAAACUGACAACAAUGUGUUGGGAAGAGUAGACGGGACACAUUUGUUGAUAUUUAUUGACUUUGCUUUUUUUGCGCGUCUUUUUUUGGUCCUCUGGAUUAUCGCUGCCCAGCAACACAGCCACCUGACAACUCUGAAUGUCGUAAUUAAGGUGAAUCAAUGCGCCAGCAAUGGAGACCAAAAGAUACCAAAGUUUCUUUGAUGGAAGUGACACAGAGAACAGAUGGUCUCAGGUCCCCAGCACGAUGGAGUACUGCUGCAGUACAGAGGAUUCGAGUCUGACUAACAGUGAUAUCCUGAUGGACAUAGUCAAUGUCAGCUGCCCUGCUGGAAGCCCGGCCACCGACUGCAAAGACAACAAUACAAAGAAGCAGGAGCAGCCAACACUUCGGCUCAGCCAGAACCAGCCAUUUGUUCUCCCACACUUCAACAACACUCUCCAUGGUCAUAAGCAGGAAAUGGACUCCAAGGAGCUUUCCAAGACUGUGGCUGAGUCUAUGGGUCUGUACAUGAAUGCUGCCAGGGAGGCAGACUUUGCUUUUAGCCAGCAUGGAGGCAGCACCAGCCCCGGGAAGCUGUAUCCAGUAUGUGGACGGCCUCUGGAGGAGAACCAGUGUGGCCCCACAAAGAGCCCCAAGUUAAAGCCAUUUGGUUUCCAGCAGCCGAGCACCACUCCUAGAGAAUGCACCGCCGGGACUCCAGUUAGCUCAGCAUCCAUGCUGGCCUCCUCUCUGUCCUGCAGUCCCCAGACCUCCAGCUCCAUUUCCAGCCCCGGAGGCAGCAACAAUAUGGUGUCGUCUACCACCAGUCCUCCCACGUGCUUUGGACCACUCUGCUCGUCCGUCAGUAGUCCUGUCAGCCAGACUUCGUGUGCUGCAACUCUAGCCAACAUCAAGCGCAGGAAUUCAGUCACAUGUAGCCCUGUGGAGUCCAGCACAGUGGGCUCACCGCCGCUCACCAGCCCACUCAAUGUCAUGAGGUCCCCCAUGUCCAGCCCUCAGAGCAUGAGUAGUGUGAGAUCCCCUCCGUCCUGCAGCACCACAUGUAACAUUAGGUCGUCUGUCUCCAGCCCCACAGGUGGUACCUGCACCGGCACCGCCAACAACUGCAACACAGUCCGGCCCUCCAUCUCCAGUCCGGCCACAGGGGGCACUAUGGCGGUCAGCAGCCCACAGAAUCCUUCCUCUGGUGGGUUCCCGGUGUCUAGUCCUGCUGGUGGACUGGGUUUGGUGCAGAAUGACACCAACAGCCCAGAGGCAGCAGGGCUGACCAGAGACACAGACUUCAAGAACUUUGAGUUCCCUAAAGUAGAGAUGGUGGACGGCGAGGUGUUCAACGUCGGCUUAGACCAGAUGGGCAUGGUUAAGUACAUUAAGAACGAGCCUGGAACUGACUUCAGGAGCAUGUGCUUAGGCAGCUCCAAAUGUAGUGCGAGUAGCACACCCUUUAUCACACAGAUUAAGAGUGAGCCAAACAAAAGUGAGGGAUGUAUGAAUCAACAGCCCUAUGGUGAGCAGUCACCAUCUCUCGGUCUCUUCCCUGCGUCUGAGACCACUUAUCUGUCCCUGAGGAAUAACAUUGAUGAAUACAGUCUUUCUGGUAUCUUAGGACCCCCUGUCUCCUCCAUGAAUGGGAACUAUGAGCCCGAUGUGUUCUCCAACAAUGUCCUGUCGAAAGGGGUUAAGCAGGAGACCACUGAUGGCAGCUAUUACCAAGAGAAUAACAGCAUGUCCACAUCCGCCAUUGUUGGAGUUAAUUCCGGUGGACACUCAUUCCAUUACCAGAUUGGAGCGCAAGGAACAAUGUCUUUCACGCGGCAUGAUGUGAGGGACCAGUCCAACCCUUUGUUGAAUCUAAUUUCACCCGUAUCGGCGUUAAUGGAGUCGUGGAAAUCUCGGCCCGGCAUGUCACAAGGGUCACUGUCAGCCAGAGGUGAAGGAUACCCGGGUCAGAACUGCAUCACAGACAGCAUGUCAAGCUCGCCACUGAGACAACCAUCCUCAACGGCCAAAGUGUGCCUGGUUUGCGGAGACGAGGCAUCAGGAUGCCACUACGGUGUCGUAACAUGUGGGAGCUGCAAAGUCUUCUUCAAAAGAGCUGUGGAAGGUCAGCACAACUACCUGUGUGCUGGGAGAAAUGACUGCAUCAUAGACAAGAUCCGUAGGAAAAACUGUCCAGCGUGCCGCGUACGGAAGUGUCUCCAGGCUGGGAUGAACCUAGGAGCACGAAAAUCCAAGAAGUUGAAGCUGAAGGGGGUCAGCGAGGAUCUGCAGGGCUCUAAGGACGGCCAGACUGCCACAGGUGGCGUUGGAGGCGGUUACCUGUCCUCAGAGAAGGAGCUGAAUGCCAGCGCUGCCAAUGCCCUGGUGCCCCACGGGCCCGGGGUGGUCACACCUUUUCUGCCGCCCUCCAUCUGCAGCGUGUUGGAGCUGAUCGAGCCUGAAGAGGUGUACUCUGGCUAUGACAACACACAGCCUGACACCACUGACCACCUGCUGUCCAGUCUCAACCGCCUGGCUGGAAAGCAGAUGGUACGCAUGGUGAAGUGGGCCAAAGUACUUCCAGGUUUCCGGGGCCUGCCCAUUGAGGACCAAAUCACCCUGAUCCAGUACUCAUGGAUGUGUCUGUCCUCCUUUUGCCUCAGCUGGCGCUCCUACAAACACACCAAUGGACAGAUGCUCUACUUUGCCCCUGACCUCAUCUUUAACGAGGAUCGUAUGCAGCAGUCAGCCAUGUACGACCUGUGUCUGGGCAUGAGGCAGGUGAGCCAGGAGUUCGUGCGAUUGCAGCUAACCUACGACGAGUUCCUCUCCAUGAAGGUCCUUCUGCUUCUCAGCACAGUUCCCAAAGAGGGUCUGAAGAACCAGGCGGCGUUCGAGGAGAUGAGGGUUAAUUACAUUAAGGAGCUCCGGCGCUCAGUGGGAAAAGCAACCAACAACUCUGGCCAAACCUGGCAGCGCUUCUUCCAGCUCACCAAGCUGCUGGAUGCCAUGCAUGAUCUGGUGGGGAACUUGUUGGACUUCUGUUUCUACACCUUUCGUGAGUCCCAGGCCCUGAAGGUGGAGUUCCCCGAAAUGUUGGUGGAGAUCAUCAGUGACCAGAUACCAAAGGUGGAGUCGGGCCUCACUCACACAAUCUACUUCCACAAGAAGUGACUCGCUACACAGCUGGGACAGAAGCGGCAUUAAGAACUGGAAAAAAGGAGGAGAAAGAAGUUCAGGGAAGAGGAAAAAUGCGCGAGGAAGGCCUGGCCCGUCGGCCUGCACCCUGUCGCCUAGUAUGCCAGCGUCCUCGUCUUGGAUUUGGAAAGUUAAGUGAUGCGGUGACAGACGCAAAAAACAAACAACAACAAAAACACAAAAAAAAAGAGAGAGAGAGAGAAGAAGAAGGAUUUGACCCUGCAGUCACCACGAGCGAUUCAGAGCUGUGAAUAGUUUGAGAAGCCGAGCACGACACGCCGAGAAGGACUUGUGACAAAUGUGACAAAGCAUCCCGAAGUACCCCCAUGUCCCCCUGCCCCAAAGACGAUAACAGUAUUUUCUAUGGAGAUAAAGCCAUACAUUUCUUAGGAUGCGCUAGAUACGUUCACUACACACACAUACACACACACACAUGUAGAGGGGAAAUUGACACACACCUACUGUCCACAUGCCUUCACACAAUCGCACAGAUGCACUCCACAUGCACUAAAAUGAGAUUCCCUUACAAAUCUAGAGAAAAAAGGUUUUGCAAAUAUUAACUCUGGCUUAUGCAGUCUUUCACAAAUAAUAGCACUAUGAAAAAUUAUGCCAAUACUUAGAUUUGCUUUGCAGUGUAGCAACAAGACUACAGGGCAAAGGACAUUAUGAGGAGGCACAGAAAUUCUAGACUGUAUGGCGAAAGGUCUAUUUGAAUAUAUUCCAAGGGCUAUACAAGCGUCAUCAUAAGCUGAAUAAUUACAUGAAAUCUAACAAGUCCAAGUUUGAAUCUCGAUUGGUAUCAUAACAGCCAUCAUUGACAUUCACAUACUGAGUUUUUUAAAGUUUCAAAAUGUGUAGUAAAACAAUCAAAACUAAUAUGCAAAAGUCCAAAGCUAAAGCUGUUUUGAAAUAAAAAAUGUCUCUCUUGUGUAAAGAAAGCUUGCGCGUGAAGCUCCCAUGUCAUAAAGUCACUAUUUUAGAGGCACUGUGGUGUAGAAUUAAGACAAUAUUGAUGAGAGAUUUUACCUUUGUGCAAAAAUGGUCAGGAGUGCUGCAGGAUGGAAAACAUAAUGCAUUUACGGAAACAAUUUCAGUAGAGUCCGCUGGUAAUGGAUUUGACAGAGGUGCAUCCAUAGUAAUUGCUGUCAUUUGUGUUAUCUCCAGAGCAGCUGUCCAAAUGUCUGUUUUUACUCACAAUGAAGCAAAACCAGCCCUUUGUGAACCAACACUUAUCUACUCUUCCCAGAAAUAAUAAAAAGCAUUUUAUAAAAGUG